AUGUCUCUCACCAACUACAUAGACCCGGAGAAUGCUCCCAAUUAUGAGGAUAUGGAGAAGCAAUUCGCCGUGAGGGCGGUUCAGCAUAUGUCGGUGUAUUGGUCAAUUCUCGAGAAGCUCCCUGGUUCAAAACUACGACUUACCAGACUGGAUGAUGAAAUUCUUGACCACUUCAAACAGGAAUUCCCGGAUUUUGACCCGGCUGAAGAAAUUGAUGAGGACCAGAUGAAGAGCAAAGAAGGCAAAGAGAAGUGGAGGAACUUUGCCAUGGUCUACGAAAAAGGCGAAAAGAAAAUUGAGGAUUACAACUUCGGCACCAUGUUAAGAAAGAGUCCCAAAACCGAGUACGGAGAGAAAGAAACCAUCUUCGUCAUUCGCAUGCAGUUCUACGCAAUUGAGAUUGCGAGGAACCGUGCCGGCCUCAAUGACUGGAUCUAUGAGCGCGCACAGAAGGAGGCUGCUGACAAAUCUUGA